AUGUAUAUUGACACUCUGUCGCCUUGCAACAUGAACAUUAUCCUUCUUCGCCUGGUUGAAUACCUGGGCCAUCCCAAUCCUUUCAUUUCAAAGCUUGCACAACGCCUCUCGGUCACUCCCGCAGGCUUGUUCAGGCCAUUUUGGAGGACUCUUUCCGUGACAAUAAUGAAAAACUUCCCAUCACGUCCAUACAUGGCAGAACACCUCUGUGAUCUGCUGGGAAUGAAAGUGGACGAUUUCCUCAGGUUGACUGAGUUAUAUGUAUUACCACAUCUAGUGCUAACACGGAAGCGAGACAUUAUUGCUAGGAUAGGGGCGACUUAUAAGGAUGUUAAAACCCCCUUCGAUAUCUGUUCAGAGAAAAAUAACCUUGCAGCAAUCCUGGCAUUCUUGUUGAGUCAAGCGUCGUCAAAUCCACAGGAUUUGGCAAUGUCCGCUUUGUCAGAAAUAGAUAAUGCCUUUGAAGGCCGUACCUUGGCGGAGCUUGUACGGAUCGAACCGAUUCUGAUUGCAUGUCAUUUAUUCAAGGGUCUUGGGGAUUCUGGGGAUGAGAAGAGAGCAAGGGUAGCCCUCGUCCCGCGGAAGUCAGGGCAUGCAUCAAGGAGAACGAAUUUGAUAGGCUACUUCAUCGAGGAGCAUAUUCUUGGUAUAAUUACCGAAUUUGCCCAUGCUAUCAACGACUUCCAAAUCAGACAACCCUUGGUUGAAAAAAGAAGGAAUAUCAUAGCUAUUGGAGAGAUGGUCAAGGUCGCGAAAGGGCAUGUGAGUAGCGCGAUACCCCAGGUCAGUAUAUUAGGAAAUAUAUGUGCCUGCCUGCGGUCCGCCCUCGAAAUCGGGGAGUUGUGCAACGAUGCCUUUACAGUAUGGGCAGUACUGGUCAACUCUUUGCAUGACGAAGACAUUGAACCACUUCUUGACCAGACCUUAUCAAUUGUGAUCAGGUAUUGGGACAUGUUUACAGAGGAUACGAGAAAUUGUGCCUAUGAACUUGUCGAGAACAUUCUGAGAAGCCACAGUGAACUAGUACAAGAUGUCUACAACACCAUGCCAUCCCUUGCUUCUAUUCCAGAGAUGUCCAAAUUUGAAUCCGAGCUUGUGGAUCUGAAGGGGAAAAUGGACGUUCGAAGUCAGUUCUUGGCAUUUGUCCGACGUUGUCAAAGUGAGAACGCUACUGUCGUCGAACAAGCUCUGACGGAGCUAGUACCGUACCUCUUAGAGCACGAUGAGUUCCUUCAUCGCACUGUUCUUGGCGAACAACCAGAUCCUGUUGUUGCUCAGUUAAUUCGGUCUUUGCUCGAUUGCUGUGUAAAGUUCAACACAAGUUCGGAUGUCAUAACUCUUCUAUCAGCUCGGUGCAUAGGCCUUAUCGGCUGCUUGGAUCCAAAUCGUGUUGAUUCGAUCAAAGAAAAGAGAGAUAUACUGGUCUUAUCAAACUUUGAUAGCAUGGAAGAGACAUUUGACUUCAUACUCUUUUUUCUUCAACACGUGCUUGUCGAGGCGUUUUUGUCGGCAUCCAAUACCAGGGCCCAGGGAUUUCUUGCGUACGCUAUGCAAAACCUACUCAGAUUUUGUGGUCUUGAUUCUGCUGUUACUCAGCGCUCUCGCGAUGUCCAGGCAGAUGAAAAGUAUCGACGUUGGUCAGAGCUUCCUGAGACGGUUCGCAACACUUUGACCCCAUUUCUCACGUCCAAGUAUACGGUCACUGUCGGCGCUGUCAAUUCAAGCUGCACUUACCCAUUAUUCUCGGCCACUCUAACGCAUGGUGAGUGGCUGCGGACUUUUGUGCAGGAUCUGCUGCAAAAGGGGAGUGGUGACAAUGCGAGGCUUGUGUUCAGUGUAUCUAGUCGCAUUGUAAAAGGCCAGGACGUAUCUAUAGCAUCCUUUCUUCUGCCAUUUGCAGUGCUGAACCGUAUAGUUGGAGGCACUCAAAAAGAAAAGGAAGAUUUGCUUUACGAACUGACAAGCGUUUUAUCUCACCCACUUCCAGACUCCACUAACCAUAUAUACGAAGCUAUCCUAUUAUGCAGUCAGAGCAUUUUCGAAAUCCUCGACUACCUUUCAAGAUGGCUACAAGGCAAGAAAAAGCAGCUCAAUAGUCUUAGGAGCCACAACUAUCACGCAGGCCGCUCCCACAGGGAGGCGUGCCCGGAUUCACGUUUGGAUACAGAUGCAUCCCAAGUUAAGGCUGUUGAAUCGCUGCUAGCUUCUAUACCACCCGAGGUCAUUUCUAAAAGGGCUGUUGAAUGUAGAUCAUUCUCAAGAGCACUUUUCCACUGGGAACAAUAUAUUCGUCAGUCUAGUAACAAACAGACAGACUCUAAGGGUUUCGAACCUCUUUUCCAGCGUCUUCAAGAUAUCUAUAGUCAAAUCGAUGAGCCAGACGGCAUUGAGGGCAUAUCAAAUCACCUGCACGCACUUAACAUUGACCAACAGGUUCUUGAACAUCGCAAGGCCGGAAGAUGGGCUACUGCACAAAGUUGGUAUGAGCUACAACUCGAGAAGGAGCCCAACAAUGUCGAUGCCCAAUGGAACCUUCUUACAUGUCUCAAAGAAUCAGGACAACAAGACACAGAUGCCAUUCUUACACGAUUUGAGAUCCUCCAAACGACCGACCCGGGCUCUAGGUUUGUCCCGUUUGCAAUCGAGGCAUCAUGGAUCACAGGGAAAUGGGAGAAGUUGCGUAAUUACCUUCAGCUUUACUCACAACAAGGAACAGGAGAUUUUAACAUCGGGGUCGGCCUGGCGCUUGAUGCCAUUCGUCAGGGAAGUUAUAGUAGAUUUGGGGACAUUAUCUGUGGCCUGCGACUCAGUGUUGCAAAGUCACUCAAUGCCAAUUCCGUGGCAUCGUUGCAGUCGUGUCAUGACAGCAUCCUUAGGUUGCACGCCUUAGCAGAGAUGGAAUCUAUAGCUGGCUUGGACUCACGAAGAGGGCAUAUAUCUGACAAGCAAUACCUUCUUGGUCUAAGACGAGCUAUGAUGGAACUGACGUGCAACUUCCCCAAUUCAGACAUAGCUGAUGCCUGGCUUGCCAGUACUCGCCUUUUGCGCAAGGGCAAUUUCACUAACCAAGCAUAUCAGUCAAUGCUCCAUGCUGCUCGUUUGAAAAAUAGAUCAGCCACUAUUGAACACGCUAGGCUUCUGUGGAAGGAUGGUUACCAUCGUAAAGCAAUACAAACGUUGGAAGGCGCAAUAGCUGCCAAUGAGUUUGCUCCAGACAAUGCUUCCGAUGGCUCUGACUCUGUCUAUCUGGCAUCGAAUCGUGAAAAACACCAAAAUCUACUUGCCGCCAGGGUAUCAUUCCAGCCUCUUCUUACAUUGUGGAAUGUCGUCACUAAUUUAAGGGGCUCAGGCCCAUCUUUUGCUAGCGAAAUGGACAGACAGAGCCGGGCAGACACAGCCAACCCCGUUCUAACUAGUAUCAGGUGGGAAAAGGCCCAUUAUUACCUAGGGAAGCACUACAACAAGAUAUUAGAUUCGGAGAAAGCCAAGCCACUAGGAAAAGAAGCUCAGAUAUAUCUGAGCGGUGAGGCUUCUAAACUGGUGAUUGACAAUUAUCUCCGAUCGCUAGCACACGGGAAUAAAUACGUUUUUCAGUCAUUACCCAAAGUUCUUACACUUUGGCUGGAGCAUGCGUCUACUGUGGAUCAGCCCUUUGAUCCAAAGAGGGGUAAUAACGAGGGCAUGUUUUAUUCUGUUGGUGAAGAGCCGCUAAAUAAACUGUGGCACAGAGACUUUAAAACACACACUUUGAAUCAAAGGAGAAAAAUUCUGGAUGAUAUGCAUUCACAGUUAAAAAAAUACGUCAACCGGAUGCCGGCUGCACUGUUGUUCACAAUUCUUCCUCAGGUGGUUGCAAGGAUCUGCCACCCGAACAACACCGUCUAUGACUUGUUAACGAAGAUAGUCGCCAAAGCGGUAAACUUCUUUCCUCAGCAAGGUCUAUGGAUAGUGCUUGCCGUGGUCAAGUCGUCUUCCAAGGAAAGGGCAUCCAGGGGUAUCAACUGUCUUCAAAAAAUCACGUUUCCUAUGCAACGAGUGGUUCGUUGGGCACUAACAAGGUACAAGGAAGUAAACAAGAAGUUAAAGACCGAAACACCGUCAGAUAUGCGCGCGAUGAUAAACCAGGGGCAAAGGUUCUCUGAAGAGAUGCUAAAGCUAUGUGUAGCGCGCGUCGAAAAAGUCUCUAGAAUCAACCUAGCUCGGGCUCUGGGAUUCAAUCACAAAAUUGCCCCUUGUCGACUUGUUGUACCAUUUCAAGCAAUGUUGACUCCGACUCUACCGACAAGCCAUGAUGCAGAGUACCUCAAGGGAUUUAGGGCUUUCCCUAGAGACCCAACCACUAUUGAAGGUAUAUUGUCAUCUGUUCUUGACGAUGCGCAAGUCCUGAACUCGCUCCAGAAACCACGGAAGAUUGGCGUUCGAGGGUCGGAUGGAAAGAUUUACAAUAUCCUCUGCAAGCCCAAAGAUGAUCUCCGCAAAGACCAGCGCCUCAUGGAGUUCAACAACAUGAUCAAUAGGUUCCUUAAAAGGGAUGUUGAAUCAAGUAAACGACGCAUGUAUAUCAAAACAUACGCCGUUACACCUUUGAAUGAAGAAUGUGGAUUGAUUGAAUGGGUUGAUAAUCUCCGAACAUUGAGGGAUAUUGUUAUCAAGCUGCUGAGAGAACGGGGCAUCGCGCCAAAUGUAGGAGAUAUCAUGAAGCCCCUUACCAUCUCUACCUGGUUAAAUAGCUUACUUUUCCACAGUACACAGAAAUCGGACAUUAUCUCGAAGAAGCAUGUUCUGAGAUCUCGAAAUUACCUCUGUUUACCACCAAAAUUCUACCAAAGUAAGUCCCCACAUAGGUUUCCCCCAGUCCUACAUGAGUGGUUUAUCGAGAUGUUUCCAGAGUCUGGAACAUGGUUUGCAGCAAGGCUUCGCUAUACUCGGUCUUGUGCAGUCAUGUCAAUGGUUGGAUACGUUCUAGGGCUUGGAGAUCGACAUGGCGAAAAUAUCCUAUUUGAGGAGGGCACUGGAGGUAUUUUACAUGUUGAUUUCAAUUGCCUCUUUGACAAGGGCUUGACGUUCGAUAAACCUGAACUUGUUCCGUUUCGUCUCACUCAAAAUAUGGUGGACGCAUUUGGAGCUUAUGGGUAUGACGGACCGUUCCGGAAGACGUGCGAAAUAACCCUAGGUUUGCUCCGGCAAAAUGAGGAUGCGCUGAUGACUGUACUUGAAACAUUUCUGCAUGAUCCAACGACAGACUUCAUUGGGAAGAAACGACGCACCCAUGUUAGUGUUCCAGAGACGCCUGCAGGUGUCCUCGAAAAUGUUCGCAACAAACUCCGUGGUCUUCUACCUGGGGAAUCUGUUCCCUUGUCAGUAGAUGGCCAUGUAGACGAGUUGAUAGUGCAAGCAACCGAUGAAAAGAACCUCGCCGCGAUGUACAUUGGUUGGUGCGCAUUCUUCUAG